AUAAUAAUAAUAAUAAUAAUAAUAAUAAUGUUUAUCUGUACGUUGCUUAUAGAUAACCAAUUCAACCAAUUAUAAUUGAUUAUAAACCUGGAUUUUUCUAUUUUUAUCAUAUACCAAUAAUCUUAGAAAUGGUGAUGAGAUCUUGAUAAAUGAAUCUUAUUAUUUUUAUUGUCAAUUAGUCAUAUUAUAAUUAAAAGAUUUUAUCACAGGAAUUAUAGAAAGAUAUAUAUAUAUAUAUAUGUACAAUUAUUUCUGAACUUAGCCUAGUACAACGUCAUAAAUAACAAUAAUCUCUACGUGAAUAUCAAUAACACUGUCAAAUAUAGAUAGACGAAGAAGGGCCACAUUAGGCCAACAAGAAAUUGAUAAUAUACAAGCAAAAAGAUGGAGUCCAUAUCCAACCAAUACACUGGAAUAUUUAUCACAAUCAGUCAGCGAUACAACUCGUUAUUAUUCUCCACAACUAGUGACUAUCAAUCUACAACCAAAUAUAGAUCUGGUUAACACAAAUAAUAAUAAUAAUAAUCUAUAUUCCGAUAGCUGCGAACAUUGUUUGACAAAAAAGUGUACGAAAUUGGAUGCAACAGUACUAACAAAUCUAAGUGGAAAUUCUCCACCAUUAACUACUUGUACAACUCUGCACACAACAGCUGAGACUAUAAAAACAGAUUUUGAAACAAGUCAAUUCAUUACUUUUGAUCAACCAACAUCAUUAAAAAACUUUAAAACACUCAGACAAAAUCAAGAACCAAUUGGAAGUUUUGUUGACAAUAUAAUCGAUCAAAGCGCUAACUAUUUGAAUAAGGAACCCCAAACUCAGGAAUUACCAUUGAUGGCUCAACCAAUAAGUUCAGUCACAAUGAAACCUGUACAAAAUAAUCCAGUACUUCCACAGACAGAAGUAUCGAACCCUGUAGGUUUUAUCCACUCAUCAACAAUGCCAACUUUUGGAUCUAUGCUUCCAAUCGCUUCUAGAACUGGGAAUAAUAAUGUUAAUUUUAAUAGCCCCGUUAAAGCAAAUCAAUCUGAAACUUCUGGACUUACACUAGUUUUAGAUGGUAAAAGCUAUGAACCUGAAGAAUUACUCAACUUAAUUGAACGAUUACGACAAGAUAUUCGAGGAUACACUGAUCACAUAAGAUGGCUUGAACAAGAAUUGAGUCAAACAAGACUCAAUUUAAACGCUCGAGAAAGAGAUAUUGACAAAUUGAAAUCAGUUUUAGACCAAAAACUUUAUAAUAAUAUGACACAACUACCUACCCACCCCGUUACACCAAUAUCCGAUAUAUCACGUCAAACAAUUAUACAAAACACGUUAAAUGUAACCGGAAUAACGCCUACAUUAAAAGCAACUGGUAUGCCCGAAAACACUGGACAACAAAUGUUUGCAGACAAAUUACGCACUAAGAAACAAGGUGUUUCAGGUGAAAGUUUUACUGGACAUCAAUUAUCAGGUCUUGUACAUCAUGAUAAAGAUGCUUGGUCUUCUAGUUUAAUUCGAGAUGCUAUCAGUAAUAAUACAUUUUUGAAGCAUUUAGAACAAUCACAAAUUGAAGAAAUAGUAGCUUGUAUGUAUAAAAAACAAAUACCUCAUGGAUGCUUUAUUAUACGUGAAGGUGAACCAGGCGAUGCAUUGUAUGUUGUUUCAGAUGGAAUAUUGGAAGUAUACAAAGAUAAUGCAUUACUUGGACGAAUGGAAGUGGGUCGAGCUUUUGGUGAAUUAGCAUUACUUUACAACUGUAAACGAACUGCAUCUGUUCGAGCUGUAACCAAUGCUUCAGCAUGGACAUUAGAUCGACGUACAUUUCAACAAAUUAUGAUGUCUUCAUGUAUACAUAGACAGCAAGAAAAUAUGAAAUUUUUAAAAAGUGUCCCUGCAUUGAAAGAUCUAUCCUCAGAGAAGAUGAAAAAGCUGGCUGACGUCUUAGAACCAGUGUUUUAUGAAACUGGUGAAUAUAUAAUACGUGAAGGAGAACUUGGUGAAACAUUUUUCAUAAUUAAAUCUGGUAAAGUACGUGUUACACAUACAAUUGAUAGAACUGAUGAAACAAAAGAAAUUCGUCAACUAUCAGAUGGAGAUUGGUUUGGAGAAAGAGCAUUAUACACAUGUGAAAAACGAAGCGCCAAUGUAAUAUCUGCUGAAGGUGGUGUACAUUUACUCUCAUUGGAUAGGAGUAAUUUUAUUUAUCUAAUUGGUGAUUUAAAUGAAUUCAAAUCUAAAACGUAUGAUGAUAUCAAUCGUCCAUCUACUGGGAUAAUAUCAACAAAUUAUCAACAAUCAGUAGGAUAUUUAGAUAAAGAAGAGAUUGUUAGUACUCCACAAACUGUUGAACAAAUAGAAUCAAAGGAUUUGCUCUCUUCAGUUAAAAUUGAUAAAGAUGAUUUAGAACGAAUCACAGUUCUAGGUGUUGGAGGGUUUGGAUGUGUCGAAUUGGUUGUUUGGACAAAAAACAGAAACAAAACAUUUGCAUUAAAACGUAUGAAAAAACAGCAUAUUGUCCAUACACGUCAACAGGAGCACAUUUGUUCAGAAAGACAAAUAAUGUUAGAACUUCGAUGUCCAUUUAUUUGUCGACUUUACUGUACAUAUAAAGAUAAUAAAUUUGUAUACAUGCUGUUGGAAGCUUGUUUAGGUGGUGAGUUAUGGACAGUUUUACGAAAUAAAGGUCGAUUUGAUGAUGUUAUGACACGUUUUGUGGUUGCUUGUGUUUUGGAAGCGUUCACUUAUUUACACACACAAGGCAUAUUAUAUAGAGAUUUAAAACCAGAAAAUUUACUUCUUGACCAUAAAGGUUAUGUGAAAUUAUGUGACUUUGGAUUCGCCAAACGAGUUGGACAUGGUAAAAAGACUUGGACAUUUUGUGGCACACCUGAAUAUGUCGCACCGGAAAUUAUUUUAAAUAAAGGACACGAUAAUUCAGCAGAUUAUUGGUCACUAGGUAUUCUUAUUUAUGAAUUACUUACGGGAAGUCCACCAUUUACUGGUACUGAUCCAAUGAAAAUUUAUAAUGUUGUUCUGCGUGGAAUAGAUUGUGUUGAAUUCGAUCCAUCGAAUAUAAGUCGAACUGCAACUACACUUAUUAAACGUUUAUGUGCACAGAAUCCAGCUGAACGAUUAGGCUAUGGACGAGGGGGAAUAAUCGAUAUUAAACAAAAUAAAUAUUUUCAAGGAUUUGACUGGAUCGGUUUGCAUCGUGGUACGUUAGCAGCUCCUAUACAACCUACUAUACUUGGCCCAGAUGAUACAACUAAUUUUGAUAAAUAUCCUCAACAAAAUGAAAUCCCACCUGAUGAAACAUCAGGUUGGGAUAAAGAAUUUUAGCAUUAAAUUACUAAUCAUCAUUGUUAACUUUUCACAAAUGAUCUAAAACCUUUUUUUCUUAUUAUUUCAUACAUAUGUUUAUAUAAAUAAUGAUUGUAGGUGUGUGUGUGUGUGUGUAUGUAUGUAUGUAUGUAUCUAUGUAUGAGAUUUGUGCAUUUGAUAAAGAGUGUAAUUGUUAUUGUAUUGAAAUUCUAUCUAUCAUAAAGCAUAUCUAUAUUCCAUAUAUAUAAAUGAAUCAUUUAUAGUCUACAAUUUGUGUGUUUUAUCAACUUAACUGAUCCAUCAUAUAGAUUAUUCUAUUUAUUACAACAACAACAACAAAAAUUGAACAAUUAAAUGAUCUAACCUAUUUUAUAUAAUUGUGAAUAAUAAUUUAUUUAUUUAUUUACUGUUAUGGUCAUAUUUUUUUCAAUUCUGAAGAGAAUAAAAUGAAAAAAAAACGAUUCAAAUCAUAGAGAUGAAGUUUUCUUCACUUUACUUUUCUUUUCUCUUCUUUUUUUUCUCAUAUCAAAAUGAUUAGAUUUACUUUUCUGAAUUAAAUAACAAAUAAACUUUUGAACUGGAAAGAAAAAAAGAAAAGCAUAUUCUGUGUUUUUAUUGUUCAAUUCAAGUGCUUUUCUUUUCUUGUUUUGUUUGUUUUUAAUGUUUUUGCGAUGGGAUUAAAAAAAAAGUGAAAAGAAGAUCAUUUUAUUGUUGAAUUAAACUCUCACAUUAUUCAUUCUUGAUCAGAAAUUUAAAAAAAACCCUUGUUUCCACGUUUUUUUUUAAAUAUAGAAAUUCUUUAUAAAAUAUUUCACUGCUGUGUACAUAAAUAAAUAAAUAUAUAUAUAUGUGUGUGUGUGUCUGUGUAUCUACAGUUCCACUAACCUAUAAUAAUGCACAUCAAAUUAGCAAUACUUGAAUUUAGAUUUGAUCUAAUACAAAUAUUCACUUUGUAAUCAUGAUCUAUAUAUGUAUAUCAACCGAUUUGUAUCAGAAUGUCUACUUAUAUAAUGGAUAUUUUAAAGAAUGAACAUACUAUCUCAUUUAUUUAUUCAAUAUAUAUUGAAGAUCAUUUAUAAGUAAGAUUUAUCAACUUAUCAUCAGAGUUAUUAAAAGUUUCUUUUUGAAAAAUUUCUUUAUAAUAUAGAUUUAAUCAAUAAAAUUCUACUGCUGGUUUCUAAGUUAUUUUUUAAUAAGAGUAUUAAUGUUUUCUCUUUUUUUUAAAAAAAAAAAUAUUUUAUUCCUGAUUACUUUUUUUCUUCUUCCUAUUCUAUAGUUGUUUAGAUUUAAUUAAAGAAUCUUGUAAGGCUUUAUUAUUCUUAAAUAUCUCAUUAUAUAUAUGAAUCAUAUUGUUUUGUUGAUAAAUUCAAUGAAUGAAUAGAGAAUAAGUUAGAUUAUAUUCAAUUGUUACUUAUAUAUUGUAAUUGAAUCUGAAUUUUAAAAAAAAUAAUCAUCUUCAUCAAUUAGAAUAUUCAUUUAAAGUGUACGAUUCAAAGUCUAAGAGAUAUAUUACUUUAUUCUUGUUAUUAUGAAUAGUUAAUUGAUCCUAACAUCUAUCUUGUAUCUUCUUUUCAUGAUUGUUAUUAAGUCUGUUGUUUGUACAAAUUUUGAACAAUUCAUAUAAAUGUAUUUAUACUAGGUGAGUUUUUUUUCUUCUGAAUAACUUCAUUACAUAAUCAAUAUUAUUUACUCCAGCUAAAAGAGAACUUAAUAACUAUACUACUUUCUCAGUUUAUUAUGUUUAUUUAUUUUUCAGUACUAAUGAACAAUUCAUUAGUUGUGUGAGUGUGUGUGUGUGUGUUGUUGUAUUUAAAUUAGUUUAUGUUAUUGUAAGAUAAUUCAUAUUUUUCAAACAAAAAAAAAUAACCUCUAAACAAAACUAAUUAAUCACUAU